AGCGUCAUGUUUUACCUGGCGGCCGCUGUGUCGGAUUUCUACAUCCCCUCCUCGGAGAUGCCUGAGCACAAGAUCCAGUCCUCGGAGGGGCCGUUGCAGAUCACGAUGGAGAUGGUGCCAAAAAUGCUGUCUCCUCUCGUCAAAGAAUGGGCCCCAGAGGCGUUUGUUAUUUCCUUUAAACUGGAGACGGAUCCCUUGAUCUUAAUUGAUAAAUCGCGGCGGGCUCUGGAGAAAUAUCAUCACCAGGUGGUGGUAGCGAAUAUGCUGGAGUCGCGGAGAACCUCUGUUAUUAUUGUAACCAAAGACUCGCAGACGCCGUUAUCUCUUUCUGACGAGGAAAUAGCGCAAGGCGUGGAAAUAGAGGAAAAGAUAGUGAGCUACCUUCAGGGCCUACAUACCGCCUUUAUAGAGAAGAAAGUCUGA